ACGAAAUAUAUAAUACGUUUGAUCGGAGGGGGAGAGAUAUGUGACGGUCACGGACUUGUAAUGGCCGUGAACGACCGCCUAAAGUCCUAACCCUUUCCCAUAUCUAUCGAAUUCAUCUCUCCUCCGUCUGAUUUCAACCAUAGGCUGUCUGUGAUCGGUGAGUUUCACCGCACCCUUCUCGUACUUCUCUAUCUCAUAAACAAACGAUAAUGUUCACAAUGUACGGAGUAAUAAUACUUUAAGCAUUCUUACCUUACUUCUUUCCUGUUCUUUCUCACAUUACUUCAGGGGACACCAACCAGUUAGUUUUAUGAAGUUUGGUUCUUGAUUCUUCCUUUUGUUAUCUCGUUAUAAGGUAAACCCGUAGGUUGUGGCUCUAAUUCCAUCUAGGUUCUCGUCAGUUCUAAAUGGCUUCACAAAUAGUCCGAGAAUGGGCUGGAAUUCAGCAGUUCCCUGCUGCCACUCAGUCCAAGUUACAUGAUUUGCUGGGAAAAUUGAAGCAGGAGAAUGUGAGCUCUUUGACUAUCUUGGUGAUGGGUAAAGGUGGUGUUGGAAAAUCUUCAACCGUGAAUUCAAUCAUAGGGGAAAGAGUAGUUACUGCAGGAGCUUUCCAGACGGAAGCUCCAAGACCUGUAAUGGUAUCACGUUCACGAGCGGGAUUUACAUUAAACAUUAUUGAUACCCCUGGGCUCGUUGAAGCAGGAUAUGUUAAUGAUCAGGCUCUUGAUAUCAUAAAGAGGUUCCUUUUGAACAAGACAAUCGACGUUUUGCUCUAUGUGGACCGCCUGGAUUCAUACAGAGUGGAUAACUUGGAUUCACAGAUAGUAAAAGCCAUAAGUAAUGCUUUUGGCAAGCAAAUUUUUCGUAGAUGUAUUGUUGUGCUUACUCAUGCUCAAAUGUCACCACCCGACGGAUUGAGUUAUGAAGAGUUUGCCACCAGAAGAUCCGAGGCAGUUUUGAAGGUUGUCCGCCAGGGCGCGCGAAUGAAGAAAUCAGAGUUUCAGAGAACUCCAAUUCCCCUGGUUUUGGUUGAGAACAGCGGAAGAUGCAAGAAGAAUGAAAGUGAUGAGAAGGUUCUGCCAAAUGGAAUUCCAUGGAUACCUGAUCUUGUUAAGACAAUCACAGAUAUUGUAUCACGUGGGAGAGAGGGUAUUUUGGUUGACCAGCAGUUGAUUGAUGGACCAAACCCUAACGAAAGAGGGAAAUGGUUCAUUCCUCUCAUAAUAGCUUUCCAAUUCUUUGUUGUGAAACGGAUUGAGAAGGGAAUCAGGGCUGAUAUCAGAAGAGGAUAGGCAGAACUUUUUUGUGGUAGAACAGCUGGAAAGUUUCAUGAGGUUCUUGAGUUUUGAUUUUCUUCAAAGAGCAUUCUGUUCUAUUUCAACACUUCCCGGGAUUGCCUGCAUUUUCUUAAUGUUUAAGUUUCUCUCUGGUUUUGUUCCAGUAAUUAUGUAUACAGCUAGCCCUGUUGGUUAUCUUGGUUCUUAAGUUGUGGAAAUGCUCUACAUUUAAGAAAAUAAAAAUGUGUUCGAGUUGUUGAGAUUUAUUUGAAAAGGAACCCGUGAAAGAAAACAACGUGAAUACUCAGAAAUGGGUUCUAAAAGGUAAAGUGUCAAUAAAAAGGGAAUGUAGUUUUCUUCAA